AUGGAUUACAAAUCGCACUUACACCCAAAACAGCUCAUUAAAAUGUCCGUCACAAACACUGUUUUUCGUUCUACCAAAGGUAAAGAUUUUACCGACAUCAAAAGCUUCAAAGAAGCUAUUCCUAAAGUUGGAAAUCAUGAAGUAUUGAUAGAGGUCAAAGCUGUUUCUCUCAACUAUCGUGAUUAUGGUGUCUCAAACAGAACUUACCCAUUCCCAACCAAAGAUAAUGUUGUUCCUUGCUCUGACGCUGCUGGUAAAGUUGUUGAAGUUGGCAGUGGUGUUCAGGAUUUUGCUGUCGGGGACUCUGUUAUCAGUGUUUUCGAUCCUACUAACCAGUAUGGUGUUCAAAGAACCUGGAAUUAUGGAUGGGGUGCUCCUCAAGACGGGUUUCUUCAAAACUUCAAAGUUGUGCAAGCUGAGGGUCUUAUUAAGUUGCCAUCUGAUACACAUCUAUCAUAUAGUGAAGCAGCAUCUUUGGUUUGCACCGGUACUACUGCCUGGAAUAGUCUUUAUGGUGGUAAAAGAUUUACUGCCGGAGAAACUGUUUUAAUGCUUGGUACCGGAGGUGUUUCUAUCACAACCUUGAUUUUGGCCAAAGCGGCUGGUGCAAAAACCAUUAUUACUUCAUCCUCAGAUGAGAAGUUGAAGUUGGUCCAAGAAAAAUAUGGAGCUGAUUUCACCAUCAACUAUAAAACUCACCCAAAUUGGGAAAAAGAGGUUUUAAGAAUAACCGAAGGUCAAGGUGCUGACUAUGUCAUUGAAAAUGGUGGAAGUGGUACUAUUGAGAAAUCUAUCCUUUCAACUAAAAGAGGUGGUGAUAUUGCACUUAUCGGAUUUUUAUCUGCCCCAAAAAGUCUUCCAGAUGUUUGUUCAUUGGUUCUUGGAGGAAGCGUAUCCUUGAGGGGGAUUGCUGUUGGAUCCAAACAAUUGCUGGAAGAAUUAGUUAAUUUUGUGCAUGUCAAAAAGUUACAUAUGCCUGUUGAAAAAGAAUUUGGAUUUACCGAGGAAGAAGUUCACGCGGCUUUCAAGCAAUUGGAAAGUCAAUCUCAUAUCGGGAAGAUUGUCAUCAAGGUUGCCUAA